GGCUGUUCCUCCUUUUCAUCCUUUUUGCUGGAGGUGAACAAGGACGAGCCGCGAUGAGUGUUCGUGGCUCCACCACAGCGACGACGGCAUACCAUGCCUUUGCAAAUAGGCCCCAGGUGGUUGGGCCGCGGAGAAAAUACCGAUGGGAAGACUCUACACAAGAAGUGCUGGGGUAAGAGGACACGAGGCUCAGCACACAAAGGGGCAGCGUCUGGAGCAGUACCUGAUUCAUGUCUGCUUCAGCACCAGGGGCACGAUCCCUUCUGGAAUGGCAGCCCCGACGAAGGCUGCCUCAGGGUCAGGAGCGAGGGCGAUGAAAGGCGUCGCAAUGAUGUGGAGCCAACGCGUUCACCGUGGUCCGCCUGCAAGUGUGCUCUCUUACUCGAAGGAUCCCUCUCGGGUGGACCCCGCCACCAUUGCAAGAGAGGCCGAGAAGAGGCGGGAGGAGGCGAGACAGGCAAAGAAGAGAUUGGCGGCGAGGAGCAAGAAGGCAGAGAAGUCGCCCUUUGCCACGCCCAUGCCCGACCCUCCCCGAUUCCCAGUUGACCUUAUGCCUCACCUGGUCAACAGACAGAUCAGUCGAAACAGAUGAGGCACUCGGACAUCUUCAUGGGAUGGAUGACUGUUUGAUGUCUUGUGCAGGUUGAGCAGACGCCUCGUGCCGUUCACAGGGACAAUGUCACGCAGAUUGAUGAGUUUCUGCCUCAGCCUCCAGCGCAGCCAUACCGGCCAGCCAAGACGGGCAUCGACAACUCGACACAAAGUGAGCUCAAGACGAUUCAAUUUCUGUGGGGAUCGACUUGUCCAUGUCUCGGUUGUCUGGCUUCGUCUGUGGUGUGCAGUAAAGCCGACUGACCUGUUUCAUUUUGACCGUGAGGUUGAGCCAAUUCUGGACGUGAUCAUCAACAAGACACUCGAGCAGGCCCAGACAGAGGUGAGCAAAGGAGACAGAGAGACACCGCGUGGCAAUGCAUUUGUAUCAUUUUUUACCCACAUUCAGGUGGAGGAAGAGGAGGAGAUGAAAUCGCUGCUCAUCUACAAGGAGGAGUGGCGGGAGCGCAAGGUCGCUGUGCUCAAGGAGCAGCAGAAAGAGGUCGAAAGGGAGAGAAAACGGAUGGAGGAAAAGAACAAACUCAUGGACGCAAACCGAAAGAGGUAAUUCUACCUUCCCAAUCAUACGUCACGUUUGAUGGGGCGUGUCUUUGUCUCCAGGGUGGCGCGGGAGAAGGAGGCGAUGCGCAAGGUCGAGGCCCUGGAGAUCAGCAACCGCUACCUCCGUGACCUGGCGGACACCGCCCUCACCUCGCUGGCAAAGGUACGAGGCCCCACCAUGGAGCCAGUUCAUGUCUGUGUGUGUGUGUGGUGAUCGCAGAGUGGUGCCUUCCCUGACCCAGUGGAGAUUGUCAUUGAGCAGACAUUCCUCCCGUGGGUCGUUGAGGAAUGCGAAAGGCAUUAUGAAACCCUCCGGGCAAGCCACACACUCAUGCAGAGACGUGGCCAUUCGUGCGGCAAACCUUUUGCUGUCGCUCUUGUUCAGGUGGCUGACACAUGUGUGGCCAACGCCAUUGAGUCGGCCAUGGAAGAGUCCCUGAGAAGGACAGAAGCGUCCCGGCAGGAGCAGGUCAAGAUCUUCGAGGACUUCUGCACACACGAGAGAGACAGGAGGGACAUUCCAAGGGGCAACAUGCGAAUCAAGGUCAAGACGGAGUCUGGCGAGACAGUUGUUAUCGGCCCGGUGAAGGUGCACGCCGAUGAGCCCAUGAGCGACGUGAACCUUCGCGUGAUGGACUGGAUCAAUACCAACCAACCAGAACUCGCCGAGGCCUUCCCUCAUGGCGUCAUUCUCAAUAUCGACGACAAGCCUGCUGAGGUAAGCAACGCAGCGCCCCUCCGUGCACAUGCCCUUUCAUUUGCCCAUCAACUCAGGAAACGAACGCUCUGUUCGCGACUGAGCCAGGUCAGCUGUGGCUGUCGGCGGCGCCCGAGCCUCCGCCACCACCCAUCCAAGAGGAAGAAGCUGAGCCCGUGGAGGGCAAGGGCGAGGGCGAGAGGGAGGGGGAGGGUGAGGGUGUAGAGGGGCGGGACAAGCAAGGGGAGGAAGAAGACAAAGGCGACGAGGAACAGUAGAUCGUGCACUCGUAUAUGUACAUGUAUUGUGUGCGUGUGUACAACUCUCACGGAUUGCCAAACAGUCACAGCUCUCUGCAGUCUUGUUGUCUCCCGCUUCUGAUUGAUUGAUUGAUUCACAC